UUUUAGAAGAAAUUUAUCAGCAUAAAGUGCCAAAGUUAAUGUCUCAAAAGAACAUUUCAAACUCGGAUGGAUCAAAAUAAUAAAAUCAAACCCAGUUUACAAAAAUAUAUACAAUGAUUAGAAUAACUCCGAAUAUAAUCAAUGCAAGGAAAAUGUUUCACUGCCGCAACGCUACAGAAUUCCAGAUCGCAUAUAUUUCAUACUCAUAUCCGUUUCGUAAAUACAAGAAUCCUAAAGAGCGUGAGGUCUGCCCCCCACCGCCUUUGCCGCCGCCCCCACCACCGAGGGACACUCGUCUAUUUUGGGGGAGCAUGGCGGCUCUGGUCUUGGCAGGAGGUUUCGCCGCUUAUGCCAAGCGUAACCCUGAAGUCCGUGAUUGGUUAACACUCAACGCCCCAUGGUUUGAUGACUUAAUAGCUAUCGUUUAUAGAGAAAAUAUGACUUAUUCAGAGUUCGCAUUCAAAUGCGUUGAAGAUUUAAGAAAAUAUUUACUAAACUACUUCGCAGAUGAUACCAAUCCGAAACAGUGCUCUUUGGAAGGCGGUCCCGUUGAUAUUCCAGCCGUACCAGAUGAACCGAAGGAAAAGAAAUCAGCUGAAGUCGCUGAAGAAUUAACACCAUGCCAAAGAGUACCGCCACCUCUAAUAACUAAGGAUAUUUGUGAAAUCGAGAAAUGCAUCAAAGAUCUCGGAGACAAGGCUAUCAAUAAUUACCGUGCUGCGAAAAGAGCAUGUGCAAAUUACAACAAGCUUGUAGAAGAGAUGAUGCUAGAUUUCUCUCUGUCUAAUCUGGAUGAUCUUCAUACAGCCAUGGGCAAGCGCGGAGAACAAGUCAAAGAUUAUUUGAAAAAAGCUGCUUGUGCCAAGACACAACUGGAUGAAUUAACCCGAUAUUUCUCAUGUGGCGUCGAUGCGCCCAAAGACGAAAUAGAUAACACCAAAUGUAUGAUUAAAGACUACCAAAAUAGGAUCACGACUAUGAAAUCAGAGUAUGAGUGGGAACACGACAAAUCUAUAGUCAUGGAUAGACAGUGGCAGAAGGUUGGAGAAUUCAUGGGUAAAUACGUAGAGGAAAAUCAAAGUUUAUUUCCUGGUCUAAAGUACGAUCAGAAGAAGCCGUCACUACCAGGCGACCCGGAUUUACUACUCUAUCAUGCUUUCAGAUAUAUUCAAUUGUUGAAAAGGGAUUUGGGCGAAGCAGUAGCUGGCAUGACCGACCGUAUUAAUAGAGGAUUAGAAACUUUGCCGCAAGGCGAUAAUAUCAACAAAGCCAGAGAAGCAGUCAUUGAUGCAUCUGUUAAAAAAAGACUACUAGACAUGGAUAAGGAAUUUAAGAAACGGUAUGAUGAUCAACGCUGUGCUAACGAAAAGAUGUUAAAAGACGCGAUGAAGAAACAAACUGAGAGACAUGAAGAAACUUUACAAAUAAGAAUGCAGCAGAAAGAGAAAGAGGCGACAGAGAAACUGAACAAAUUGGUAGAGGAGAAAGUGGCAUCUGAGAAGAAACAGUUUGCGAAUCAAUUGGCCGAGACGGCAACGAAGUUGAAAGUAGUCGAGGAUAAAUUGAACGCCCGUCUAAAGGCCGAGCGUGAGACGAAAAGAUCGCAAGAGUUGUGGACUGCAGGAGCCGCUCUCUUGGCCGCUACAAAGAAGGGAGAACAGUACGUUAAAGUGGAUAAAGAACUAAAGGCUAUAGAAAAGGCAUCUGGUGAUGAUGAUAAACUCGUACUGAGCGUGCUGAAGGCCAUACCAGAUUCAGUUAGAGAGAAAGGAGUGGUGCCGGAGAGUGUAUUACGGCAGAAGUAUCAUGUGAUGGAGAGGACCGCAUUGAAGGUGGCGUUGGUAGAGCAAGAAGGUGGAACUUUGCCAGUCUAUAUGCUUUCCUGGCUACAGUCGGCUCUGCUUUUUAUGAAGAUACCAGGAAUUCCGCAACAAGAGUACGAUAAAAUUCCUGAAGUCCCACCUAAAGAUUUAGAUACCUUUGAUUUAUUACAACGGGCUAGGUUUUGGAUUGACCGCGGUAACCUAGCAGCAGCCGUGCGUUACGUGAGUUCUUUAGAAGGCGCUUAGGCAGCAGCUGCUAAAUGGCAAGAGGCGGCACGGUCACACCUUGAGACGAGGCAGGCGGCCGAGGCAGUCCUCGCUCAUGCUGCUGCACUAGGUCUACAGUAUAUUUAGAUGGAUUCCGUAAAUUUUCUACAAGAAGAAAUUGUGGUCGUUGCUAUAGUUUUAAUUUACACAAUGUAAAUACUCAUAAUUGACAACUUUUGUAACAGUUAUGAUUUAUAUAAAAUUGUAUAAGUAAAAAUGGUACAAG